AUGUCAGACACCAUCCCCACCACUCGCGCCGAAGAGGUGCAAAAUGUAUUAAAAGCUGUAGAAGACCUCGUGAUUCCUUUUAUACGAUCGGCCGACCAAUCGACACCCCAGACGGAGGCCAAUAAGACCAAAACGAACGGACAUUCCCCACGAUCAACGCUAGUCGAAUACAAAAAGCCCGAAGAGCUCCAGCAGAUCCUCAACCUGCAAAUACCCCAGCAAGGAACACGGCAAGACGGACUGAUCGACAUUGUCCAAAAGAUCCUGCGUUACUCGGUCAACACAUGGCACCAAGGCUUCCUGGACAAGCUCUACGCAUCGACCAAUGCGCCGGGGAUAGCAGCCGAGCUUCUCCUCGCCACCCUGAACACCAAUGUGCACGUAUACCAAGUGUCGCCCGCCUUGACGGUGAUCGAGAAAUAUACGGGCCAGCAACUAGCGGGUCUGUUCGGACUGACUGGGCCCCGGGCAGGUGGGAUCACCGUGCAGGGCGGCUCGGCGUCGAACACCACGUCGAUCGUGGUCGCGCGCAACAACCUGUACCCGACGACGAAGGAAGAAGGGAACCAGGGCUAUGCCUUUGUGCUCUUCACCAGCGUGCACGGCCACUACAGCGUCGAGAAGGCCGCGCAGAUGCUGGGCUUCGGCAGCAAAGCCGUCUGGCAGGUCCCUGUCGACAAGCAGGGCCGGAUGAUUACGUCCGAGCUGGAGCACCUCGUGCUGAAAGCCAAAAGCGAAGGGCGGACCCCGUUCUACGUCAAUGCGACGGCCGGCACCACCGUCAUGGGCUCGUUCGACCCGUUCCAGGAGAUCGCGGCCGUCUGCCAGAAACAUAAUCUGUGGUUCCACAUCGACGGGUCGUGGGGUGGCUCGUUCGCUUUCUCCAAGAAGCAACGCGUGAAGCUGUCCGGCUCGGAGAAGGCCAAUAGCAUCACCGUGAACCCGCACAAGAUGCUCGGCGUCCCGGUGACUUGCUCGUUCCUCCUGGCAGCCGAUAUCCGCCAGUUCCAUCGCGCGAAUACGCUUCCAGCAGGGUACCUGUUCCAUAACAAUGAUGAGACGGAGACUAAUGGCCAUGCGGCGGAGUCGGACCGCGAGCCGGAAGUGUGGGAUCUGGCUGAUCUCACGCUCCAAUGUGGUCGUCGCGCAGAUGCGUUGAAGCUGUUCCUGGGCUGGACGUACUACGGGACUGAAGGGUACGAGCAGCAGAUCGACACUGCGCAUGAAAUCGCGACCUACCUGGCGACUACGGUGGCUCAGCACCCGGACUUUGUUCUUGUGAGCGAGAAUGCGCCACCGUGUCUGCAAGUAUGCUUCUAUUAUGCGCCGGGUAAGAAGCUGCUGUGCCCGCGGGGUACCAUUGCGGACGAGAAAGAGAGGGCGAAGAAGAAUAGUACAGUCACGGAACAAAUAACGCACGCAAUUGUUCCGAGGGGGUUUAUGGUGGACUUUGCACCGCCCAGUGGGGAUGUCGAUGCCCUUGGCGAUGGGAAGUUCUUUAGAUGUGUCGUAAAUGUGUCCACAGCUAGAGAGACGGUUGAGGCCCUUGUACAUGCUAUAGAGGAGGUUGGGCCGGGGAUUUUCCAGUCGUUGAGCGCCGCAGCGCGCUCCUGA